GAACUGCAAGCAAAUGGGGCUCUAACAGCUGGCUACCUCUGUGUAAUACUUGAAGCUGUUACAUCGCGUUAUAAAUAAUAACGUGAAUCCAUUUUGACGCAAAUCCUAAAAAUAUCCCGCGUGAUAUGAAUGGUUACAUUAUGUAUAUUGCUCUCUCACUCCUCGCUGAUUUUCAGGACACACUGAAGGUGCCAUUUGGGACAAAGUAUCUGGAGGCCGCCUUGUGUCUCCCUGCCUCAGUAACAGAUGUUCACACAGCUGUCAUCCUCACACACGGAGCUGGUGGAGACAUGAACUUCAGACAUCUGCUGUCUCUGGCACAUGCCUUAGCUUCACAUGGCUUCCUGUGUCUCCGUUUCACAUGCAAAGGGUUAAACUUGGGUUACAGAGUGAAGGCCUACCGUGCGGUGUGGGACUAUUUGAAUUCUCUGAAGAAGUUUACCAUAAAGCACAUAUUUGUUGGAGGCAGGUCAAUGGGAUGUCGUGCUGCUGCAGCCUUAGCCAGGCAGCUGAGUGAUGAGUCGGAGGAUGCAGUGCAGGGUGUCAUCUGCCUGUCUUUCCCCCUGCAUCCCCCGGGACAGACACAUGCCCAUCAGCAACGCAGUGAAGAUCUGAGGGGGUUACCUGAACACAUGCCUGUGCUCUUUGUGUCAGGCACCGAGGACAACAUGUGUGACAGGGACCUCUUUGAAGGGAUGGUACAAGAAAUGAAAGCUCCAGCUGAGGUUUUUUGGCUGACAGGAGGCAGUCAUGGACUGACAGUGAAGGGAAGGUCGGAGGAUUCUGUGUUGGAUGAAGUAAACUCACAAGUCAUCACCUGGAUGAGUAAGCAGGGAGCAUAGACUUAUGUAUUUUACUUUCUCUGUUUUGUUAUGUCCAUCUAGUUAAAUAAUAAAGGAUAUAUAUUUUUA